AGACAUAUUUCUUAAAAAAAAAAAUCAGUUCAGUUUUUGAAUCAGUUCAGUAAAUACCUGUAAUAUUUAUCGUCUUCACAGUCGUGACUGAGUCUUGAAGCGAGCAGGAAUAUCUGGAGGAGUUUAUCAUCUGAACUGAGAUCUGCUGCUGGGAAGAUGGAGUUUGUUAAAGAGGAGAGAGAAGAGAACACGAGUGCACCAGAAACCAGCACAAUAAAACAAGAGGAACCAGAAACCUGGAGAAUAAAAGACGAGGAACCAGAAACCUGCAUAAUAAAACACGAGGAACCAGAAACCUGGAGAAUAAAACACGAGGAACCAGAAACCUGGAGAAUAAAACACGAGGAACCAGAAACCUGGAGAAUAAAACAAGAGGAACCAGAAACCUGGAGAAUAAAACAAGAGGAACCAGAAACCUGCACAAUAAAACAAGAGGAACCAGAAACCUGGAGAAUAAAACAAGAGGAACCAGAAACCUGGAGAAUAAAACAAGAGGAACCAGAAAUAAAACACGAGGAACAAGGAGAAUUCAUUGAAGAAAAAGAGGAAAAUGAAGAAUCAAGUGAAGUUGAGGAGAAAAAUCAUGUCAAAACUGGCGGAAAACUUUCCCAGUGCGGAAAGAGUUUCACACAAUCAUCAAACCUCAAAGAUCACAUGAACAUCCACACUGGAGAGAAGCAGCACGCAUGUGAUCAAUGCGGUAAAAUGUUUUUAUGGGCUUCACUUCUGAAGAAACACUUGAAAGUUCAUGCAAAGAAGAAACCACAUUCAUGUCAUUUGUGUGGUAAGAGUUUUUUGCAUCUACAAAGUUUGAAAGUACAUCAGAAAAUACAUACUGGUGAAAGAGAGUACAUGUGCGUUGAGUGUGAAAAGACUUUUAGUUCAGCAAGCAGAUUAAAACUGCAUGAGAGGAUUCACACUGGAGAGAAACCUUACAAGUGUUCACACUGUGACAAGAGAUUCAGUCAGACAAGAGAUCUGAAAAUACAUGAGAAGAUCCACACUGGAGAGAAACCUUACAAGUGUUCACACUGUGACAAGAGAUUCAGUCAGCCAAAAAAUCUGAAAACACAUGAGAGGAUCCACACUGGAGAGAAACCUUACAAGUGUUCACACUGUGACAAGAAAUGCAGUGAUUCAUCAACUCUGAAAAGACAUGAGAGGAUUCACACUGGAGAGAAACCUUACCAGUGUUCACACUGUGACAAGAGAUUGAAUAAUUUAUCACAUCUGAAAACACAUGAGAGGAUCCACACUGGAGAGAAACCUUACAAGUGUUCACACUGUGACAAGAAAUGCAGUGAUUCAUCAACUCUGAAAAGACAUGAGAGGAUUCACACUGGAGAGAAACCUUACAAGUGUUCACACUGUGACAAGAGAUUCAGUGUGUCAUCAUAUCUGAAAACACAUGAGAGGAUCCACACUGGAGAGAAACCUUACAAGUGUUCACACUGUGACAAGAGAUUCAGUGUGUCAUCAUAUCUGAAAACACAUGAGAGGAUCCACACUGGAGAGAAACCUUAUAAGUGUUCACACUGUGACAAGAGAUUCAGUCAGCCAAUAAAUCUGAAAACACAUGAGAGGAUUCACAAUGGAGAGAAACCUUGUAAGUGUUCACACUGUGACAAGAGAUUCAAUAAUUUAUCACAUCUGAAACCACAUGAGAGGAUUCACACUGGAGAGAAACCUUACAAGUGUUCACACUGUGACAAGAGAUUCAAUCAAUCAGCAAAUCUGAAAAUACAUGAGAGGAAUCACACUGGAGAGAAACCUUGUAAGUGUUCACACUGUGACAAGAGAUUCAAUAAUUUAUCACAUCUGAAAACACAUGAGAGGAUUCACACUGGAGACAAACCUUACAAGUGUUCACACUGUGACAUGAGAUUCAAUAAUUUAUCACAUCUGAAAACACAUGAGAGGAUUCACACUGGAGAGAAACCUUACAAGUGUUCACACUGUGACAAGUGUUUCAAUGAUUUAUCAAGUCUGAAAACACAUGAGAGGAUUCACACUGGAGAGAAACCUUACAAGUGUUCACACUGUGACAAGAGAUUCAGUCAGCUAAUAAAUCUGAAAACACAUGAGAGGAUUCACAAUGGAGAGAAACCUUGUAAGUGUUCACACUGUGACAAGAGAUUCAAUAAUUUAUCACAUGUGAAAACACAUGAGAGGAUUCACACUGGAGAGAAACCUUACAAGUGUUCACACUGUGACAAGAGAUUCAAUCAAUCAGCAAAUCUGAAAACACAUGAGAGGAUUCACACUGGAGAGAAAGUACAUCACCGCAACGUACCUGGGAAGCGUUUCAUUAAGUCAUCUGUUAUACACAAAAACCAAUCAAAGUAAGGCCCCGUACAUGCGGAGACACAUUUAGUUGUAUAUGUAAAUAUUUUGUAUGGUAUAUGCGUUUUGUGCAGACGGAUCUGGCAUUCGGGGCAGUGAAAACGAAUUUU